AUGUUUCGAUUUCUAGUUGUUGUGGCUGUAACAAUGUUGGUGAGUUGUACGGAUGCACUCAGAAUGGCGAAAGCAGAUGAAUACACGCUAGAAUCAGUUAGAGAAUCUUUGAUUCGACAAGAAGAUACCAUAAUAUUUAGUUUCAUUGAGAGAGCAAAGUUUCCUCUCAAUUCUCUCACAUACCAACAAAACUACUCUUCCAUUCCCAACUUUUCUGGUUCCUUGUUUGAUUUCAUUCUACACCAAACAGAGAACAUUCAAGCCAAGACAGGAAGAUACAUGAACCCUGAAGAAAAUCCUUAUGAAGAAAAAUUGUCACCACCAAUUGUACCACAUUACAAUUUUCCACAGUUUUUGCAUCCUGCAGCAGCUUCAAUUAACAUAAACAAGAACAUAAAGAAAAUAUAUUUCAACGAUAUACUUCCACUUUUUAUUGCUUCUGGAGAUGAUGGCAAUUAUGCACAAACUGCAUCCAACGAUCUUACAAUAUUGCAGGCCAUCUCUAAAAGGAUUCAUUAUGGAAAGUUUGUAGCUGAGACAAAGUUCAGGAAAUCUCCUCGUGACUACGAGCCUUUAAUUCGUGCCAAGGACAGAGAAGCAUUGAUGAGUUUGUUGGUAGAUAAGAGAGUAGAAGAGAUGGUUCUAAAGAGAGUUGAAAAGAAGGCAAUGGUGUUUGGUCAGGAAAUGAGUCUUGAUCCUAAUGUCAAACGAAAAUACAAGGUUGAUCCAUCGAUAGUUUAUAGUUUGUAUAAUAAAUGGAUAAUACCCAUGACAAAAGAUAUUGAAGUCGAGUAUUUAUUAAGACGUUUGGAUUGA